GGCCUUUAUUUUGAAAAGCUUUCACUCCCUGUAAAAAAUGGCUGAUUUUUGACGUCGUCACGGCAGCGGAGAGACCCGGUGCUCCGUGGAGUUUGACGUGGCACUCCGAUUUUCUCAGAGAAGAAGAGGACCUCUCUGCCCCGCUGUUCAGCUUGGUAAACAUUCCAGAUUGGUAUGAGCAGACAGUGACCACUGUCCCAGCAGAAUGAGCCAACAGGGUUACGUAGCUGCACCCCCAUACUCCCAGGCCCAGCAGGGAAUGGGGGGCUACCAAGGUGGAUUUGGGGCUGCCCCUGCUCAGCCCCUCUAUGUACAUUAUGGAGGGCCACCUCAGGCUCAAAAUGCUCCACCAACAGGUAUGAUGAAACCAGCAGCUUCCUCACCUGCAGGAAUGCUACCGCCUCCUGCGUCCACUCAGUACAAUCCAAAUGUGCAGCAGAAUGGAAGUCAUCCACAGAGGUAUGCCUCUCCAUCAGCUGCAUCCCCUACUUAUGGGCAUUCUUCCCACUCUGUGUACAACAGCAUGACCUCAGCUGCCCCUCCUCCUACACAGCAGCUCACAAAUCAGAUGAGUGCCAUGAACCUGGGUGGCUAUGCCCCAAGUGCCAUGCAGAGCCACCCUGCUCCUCCAACAAGCUCUGUUGCCCAGCAACAUUUCCAGGCACAACCUCCAGCAAUGGGCCAGCCACAGAUGUCUCCACUACAGUCACCCCUAACAAACUUUCAGGCAUCAGGACCACCAAUGGGAGGACAGUCGAUGGCAGGACCACCAAUGGGAGGACAGUCGAUGGCAGGACCACCAAUGGGAGGACAGUCGAUGGCAGGACCACCAAUGGGAGGACAGUCGAUGGCAGGACCACCAAUGGGAGGACAGUCGAUGGCAGGACCACCAAUGGGAGGACAGUCGAUGGCAGGACCACCAAUGGGAGGACAGUCGAUGGCAGGACCACCAAUGGGAGGCAUGGGCAGGGCUUUUCCUGGACCACCACCUUCAGGCCCAGGAGCCUUCCAGCAGCACGGCACUGGACCCAAUAGUCCAUCAGGUUACCCACAGCAAGCAGGUCAGUUUGGGGGACCCAUGUCUGGGCCCCAGCCAGGCAUGCCAGGGGGGUUUCCUGGAGCACCAGGAGCACUUGCUGGUCCUCCUCAGAAGAAACUGGACCCUGAUUCUAUACCGAGCAUAACCCAAGUCAUUGAAGAUGACAAAGUGAGGCUGGGGGGACAAGUCUUCAGCACCAACAUCAGAGGACAGGUCCCACCUCUGGUCACCACUGACUUCACAGUUCAUGAUCAAGGGAACGCCAGUCCAAGAUUUAUACGCUGCACGACCUACUCGCUGCCCUGCACUGCUGAGCUGGCUAAACAAUGCCAAGUUCCUUUAGCGUUCAUCAUUAAACCAUUUGCUAAGUUGCCCAACAAUGAGACUCCUCUGUAUGUUGUGAACCACGGUGAGACGGGCCCAAUACGCUGCAAUCGAUGUAAGGCCUACAUGUGCCCCUACAUGCAGUUCAUCGAUGGCGGCCGUCGCUACCAGUGCAGUUUCUGCAACUGUAUCAAUGAAGUGCCGGUCUUUUACUUUCAACACCUGGACCACAUGGGCCGUAGGGUGGACUUCUACGAGAGGCCUGAGCUUUCCCUCGGAUCCUAUGAGUUUGAUGCCACGCUUGAUUAUUGCAAGAACAACAAGCCCCCCAAUCCUCCUGCCUAUAUCUUCAUGAUCGAUGUGUCCUAUUCCAACAUCAAAAGCGGCCUGGUCAAACUGAUAUGCGAUGAGCUCAAGACUCUGCUGGAAAAGCUGCCCAGGGAGGACGGAGCAGAAGCCUCUGCAAUAAAAGUGGGCUUUGUUACUUAUAACAAGGUGCUUCACUUCUACAACGUGAAGAGUGCUCUGGCCCAGCCGCAGAUGAUGGUGGUGUCUGAUACAGCCGAGAUGUUCGUCCCGCUGCUCGACGGCUUCCUCGUUAAUUACCAGGACUCAAGGGCCGUUAUCUACAACCUCCUGGAUCAGAUCCCCGACAUGUUUGCAGACACCAGCGAGAGCGAAACGGUCUUUGCCCCUGUCAUCCAGGCUGGAGUGGAGGCGUUUAAGGCAGCAGAAUGCAGCGGGAAGCUUUUUAUCUUCCACUCGUCCAUGCCCACUGCUGAGGCUCCGGGGAAACUCAAGAACAGAGAUGACAAAAAGCUGGUCAGCACCGACAAGGAGAAGACCCUGUUUCAGCCUCAGAAAGGAGUUUACGAGCAGCUGUCUAAAGACUGCGUUGCUCAGGGAUGCUGCGUCGAUCUCUUCCUUUUCCCCAGCCAGUACCUAGACUUGGCCACCAUGGCCGACGUGCCUUCACACACCGGAGGCUCCAUCCACAAGUACAACAACUUCCAGGUUGAGACAGAUGGAGAGCAUUUCCUCAGAGACCUGAGGAAGGAUUUACAGAAGAGUCUUGGAUUUGAUGCUGUAAUGAGAGUUCGUACCAGUACAGGCUUCAGGGCGACAGACGUCUUUGGUGCCGUUUACAUGAACAACACCACAGACGUAGAGAUGGCAGCUGUGGACUGUGACAAGGCUGUGACCGUGGAGUUCAAGCAUGACGAUACACUCAGCGAGGAGACGGGGGCUCUUAUACAGUGUGCCUUGCUGUACACCACCAUCGGCGGGCAGCGACGCCUUCGCAUCCACAACCUCAGCCUGAACUGCACCUCGCAGCUGUCUGAGCUGUACAAGUGCUGCGAGACAGAUUCGCUCAUCAAUUUCUUUGCCAAAUCAGCUUACCGUGCCAUACUGAACCAGCCUGUGAAGAACGUGAGCGAUAUCCUGGUCAACCAGACGGCCCACAUGUUGGCCUGCUACAGAAAGAAUUGUGCCACCCCCUCAGCUGCCAGCCAGCUGAUUUUGCCUGAUUCCAUGAAAGUGUUCCCGGUCUACAUGAACAGCCUGAUGAAAACUGCUCCUCUAGUGGGCAGCACUGAGCUCUCCACAGACGACAGGGCCCACCAACGGCUCUCGGUGAUGGGAAUGGGGGUGGAGGACACUCAGCUCCAGCUCUACCCACGCCUCAUCCCACUGCACGACGUAGACGUUAGCAGUGAGGCGGUGCCUGCUCCGGUCCGGUGCUCUGAGGAACGUCUCACAGACUCUGGCUUGUUUCUGCUGGAGAACGGGCAGUCCAUCUUCCUGUGGCUGGGCCAAGCGAGCCCACCGGAUCUGAUCCAGAGCCUCUUCAAUGCGCCUUCCCUCGCCCAUCUGCAGCAAGGACACAUGUUCACCCUGCCAGAGCUGGACAACCCGCUGUCAAAGAAGGUCCGAUCCAUCAUCGACGAGCUGCUCGAGAAGAGGCCAAACUCCAUGAAGCUGCAGGUCGUGAGGCAGCGGGACAAACCAGAGAUGUUAUUCCGUCAGUUCCUGGUGGAGGACAAAGGCCUGCACGGCGGCACCUCCUACAUGGACUUCCUGUGCUACGUUCACAGAGAGAUCAGACAGCUGCUCACCUAACCUGUCACACCUGGUCUCAGGACGUUUUAAGAUGAUCCAUAUUAAGUUUCUUGGAGAUCUGAAUAAAACAUGACCACAGACAGUCUUUAAGAGAAGUCCAGAGUCCAAAGCUGCCUCUGGGAUGGUUUGUUAUACACGCAGUAUGAUCUACAAAUAACCCCUUGUUACUUGCAGUAAAUAAAGCCUUUUGGUUUUAGAUGCUUACAGGAAGGUCCUAAAAUCCAGUUUGGCCUGAGCAAUCCAACGUUCUAAUUUCAUUACACUUAAUAAAUUUCUAAAAUCUGGAAAAGACAAAAGGUUAUUUGUGGGCUGUACUGUAAACAUUGUGUGUUAAUCUUCCAAGAAGACAAAGUAUUUAAGGUUUCUUUUCAAACAAUAAAUACUCAAUAUUUAAAUGCCAUUCAGAGGCUUUUAGAUGUUUAACUUGUUUACUUUAUUAUCUGACUGGAAAGCGCUUUAUAAUAAUCCCACGGAAAUUCAAAAUGUAAGAAAAAUGAUGGUGAAAUAAGCUCCUGGCUGCAGGGGCUGAAAAUCUGUCCUGUUUUUACACCAGGAGUGACUCAAAGUGUUUGAUUCACACAUGCCUCCACUGAAAGUCGCAUUCUUUGUCCAUUUAUGGCUGAGCUUCCAUCUACACAACCUGCAGCGAUGCAGAAAGAGCUUUGUUUUGGUGUUCUGAGCUCACAGUGAAGCGAACGCAGCUGUCGCUCAGCAGCAAACGAAGGCAAGAAGAGACAUUUUUCUUCUUCUUGCCUCCAGUCUUAGCUGCUGAAAGGGAAGACAAAGGAUUGGAUGGCUGGAGGACUUCAAAAGAAGUAGUUUUUUUAAUUAGUUCCUGUUAGUGAUUUAUUUUACUGUCAGGUUUUGCACAUUUUAAUAGAAAGUUAAUUUAAAAUCAAAUUAAAAACAGUCCAACUCAGUCAAUAAAUGGAAAUCCAACUUGGCCAAAGUGUCAACUUUAUCCAUUUACUGUCAGUGUAUAAAUCCAUUAAAUCUAAUUAGAAACAGCUUUCAGUACUGUAUCAACUCACUGCAUUACGUUGCCUGUGUAAUUCAUGUUAUUCAUUCCAAAUAUUGUCCUGUCCUGUGUUUAUGCAGCCAGUAUAUUUACAAAAUAUUUCCAAUGCCUUAGGUUGAUGACCAGCAGUCGUGUCACUUUAGUUUGUAUGCAAACUUCUCAGGUGAUUUCUGUCCAUUACCAUUUCAAGUUGAAAGCAAUGAUUUGGUCUGAGCUGGAAUGAUGGAUGAUUAAGUGGUCCUUGGUGUUUCAUUUUCUGACUAUAUAUGAUUUGUUUUUGGUAAUUAAACUUUUGACUGAAACAGU